AAAGAAUAGGAGUAAGAAGAUGGUCGCAUAUACUUGGUAACGUUGCCAAAAAUACCAGAGGAGAGAGUGUCUAGAAGGAAAUGAAUGAAAAGCAUUCCGGCGUUUUUACCUUUUACCAGUAAGCCAAGAAAAUGAGUUCCUCAGAAGAGUUAAAACCAACAGACGUGGACAGAAACAAACCUCAUCAGUGUAAGGAGUGUGGAAAGUCUUUCAAUCGAAUUCGUAGCCUACGAAGACAUGAACGGAAUCACCGCACAAAGACAAUUUACCGCUGUGAACAUUGUGACAGUAAAUUCAGCCACUUAAAUGCUUACAAGCUACACAUGUAUACCCACCCUGAAGUAACACCAUACUGCUGUGACAAGUGUGGAAGGGAAUUUAGUGACCAGAGUUCCUACACAAAACACCUUCGUGAUCACACAGGUCCUUACCAGUGUGACCAGUGUGAAAAAAGUUUCAGUUAUUUCAGUAUUUACAAAAUACACAUGCGUGUGCACACAAAAGAGAAGCCAUACUGUUGUGACCAGUGUCCAAAGAGUUUUAGUUUUUUAAGUUCAUACAAACGACACCGACUUAGUCACAGUGGAGAGAAGCCGUACCAGUGUGACUUCUGUGGAAAGAGUUUCACCCAAUCAGGUCAUUUCAGUCUGCAUCUGCGGAAUCACACUGGUGAAAAACCAUACGAGUGUGGCCAAUGUGAAAAGAGCUUUAGUGACUUAAGUAGUUAUAAGAUACACUUGCGCGUCCACACAGGAGAGAAGCCUUACUGCUGUGACCAGUGUGGAAGGAGUUUCUCUCAGUUGGGUAAUUACAAAUCACAUUUGCGCAUUCACACAGGAGAAAAACCAUUCCAGUGUGAAAUAUGCAAGAAGAGUUUCUCUAUUUCGAAAACGUACAAACAACAUGUGCGCACGCACACUGGUGAGAAGCCAUACAAAUGUAAUGAAUGCGGGAAAAGUUUUGGUCGCCUAAGCAACUACAUGCGCCACCUUCGUAUCCACACCGGAGAGCAGCCGUUCAGCUGUGACCAGUGCGAUAAAUGUUUUAACAGUUCGUACAGUUACACGCGCCACCUACGCGUUCACACGGGAGAGAAACCAUACUGGUGUUCUCAGUGCAAGCGACUUUUCACUCGAUCGCAGUCCUUGAAGAAUCACCGUUGCAUUGAGAUGGUUGAAGAGAGUUUGACCGUGUGUAACAAAGCACAGGUUAAACACUCAUCAACAGAACCAACAAAUAACAACCAGCAUAAUAAACUAGAGUUACAUACAAUAGUGUAUCAGGAUGUGGAUGGAUGAAGACGUUAGAAGGAUCAAUAUAUGUUGCCAGUUCUCUUUUUUGUACAAUGAGAAUUUUUCUCUUUUUUUUUCAGUAUUAGUAACAGUAGUUGUAUAAUAUACCAAAGAAUGUAAUUCCAAUGGCAAAUUAAAUCCUUAAUCCUAAAUCCGGUUGGUCAUACCUAGAAUGGCACAACAUGGAAGCAGUACUGUCCCACAUGUUUCACAUUAGUUAGAGAAUGCCAGAAGGUAUGUUUAAUUAUCUUCCUCAUUCCUUGGUUUAUUCUGUAUCUGACUGAAAAUGUAGGUUUUUCUGGUUACAUUUGUCUGUUCAGGUUUUGAGGUGUCCACUUUUAACAGCUGCUGCCCCAAGCGGCUCACGGCACUGAAAAACCAUUGCGAAACAUACAUCUGGGAAAAAAGAAGAACUCAGCCGCAAUGUGUUGCACCUUACUAUGGUUAAACUCUGAAGUGUCCGUUACAUUGUACAACCCACUGCAUGUCUGAUUUGUUAAUCGUGCUGACAGUCAUUCAGCUCUUCUUUCCUGUACCUUAAACAGGCAGUGAGCACUUCAGCACGUCGUCUUGUUUAUGGGUGAAGCUUGUUUUUGUGGUUCACAGCAGAAAACAUAGAAAACAUAUUCCUUAAACCAUCAACAUUAUCUAACACCAUUCAGUAAAGAUUUUAGUCUAGAUCUAGAAUAUACUGGAACAUCUCACAGACAUGGCGAAAUAUAUCCGUGUUUCCAUGUACUUUUAAAAUGAGGCAAAGAUUAAAAAAUAAAAAAAAAUAAGAUUCAAAAUAAGCUGCUAAUAAGCUCAUGAAGUGGAUCUAAUCGAUUCAACUUGGCUGUGUUGUGAUGUCAGAAGGUGCCAUUAAAAUGAUUCAGCUUGUACUGGUCACGUGUCACCAUAUUUCAAAUGUAUGUAUGUGUUAACACAAAGUAAUGUGGUUAACAAAAUAAAGGUCCCAAACGUGAGGUGAUCUGACAACUGGAAAAGCUUUGAACCCGCAAGUCAAUGACAACAAAUCAAGUGACAAAGGGCAUCUUUGAUUUUAGAUUCUCUAUCUGUAACCGUUUACUUAAACUAACAGUUGUGCACUACAAAUAUGACUGCAUUGUAUUUUGUCUAUAGUAUUAUCAUGUAUCCUCCUGGAGGAUGAAACAUUAAAUUUUGACUGAAUAUAUGAACGUGAAGAAGUGAUCUCCAUAAUAAAGCUAGAAGACUCUUUGUUGGUGUAUCUUUUUCUUUUUUUUUUAAAUUUCAUAAUGAAGUGAUUCAUAAUUAAUAACGUUUGCCUGUUUAACUCAGUACCUGUGCUACCACAGCCAUAAACAAAAAGAAAACAUUUUCUUUUUGCGUGUAGAUGUAGGCGAAGGAGUGGUGUGCAAAGAGGCAGGAGUGUGAGAAGCCUGGAGAGAGUGAAACUUAGCUUGAAGGGAAGACCACCAAGUCUGUCCAAGAUCCCCAUCCAGCAUCAUACUUAAGACUCCUGGGAUAAGUAAUAGAGUCAUUCAUUUCCUUUUAAACAUGUGGUUUCCAAAACCUAGAUUCACCCUUAGUAGUCACCCUUUGGUUUUUGUUUUUUUACACAUCUUCAAAACCCAGAGAAACUUAAAAAAUGGUGGCAGCUACAGUCAAAUUUUCAAAAAACCUGACAAACACACUACUUUCUUCUUUGCCAUAAAGCCUGAAGGACAAGGUGCCUGUCAGAAACUUCAGGAGUAUCUGCAAUAAUCUGUACCCGGAUCUUCAAGGGUUUGUGUCAGAGACAAAAAAAAGUAGUUUUUAUUCAAGUUUCCCAACAGAACAUUCCAUCGUAUUUUUACCACUCAGGUUGCUCACACUAAACAGUCUAAGCAAAGAAAUCAGCAGCAAACACACUGGAGCAGCCAACCACAAAAAACUACUAUAAUUUUACCUGCAAAAUAAAAUUCAAAACCACACAAAUGCUGCAGAAACAGCGCCAUCUGGCAACAUUGAUCACGCCACACGUCCUGGCUUCAUCACCUUGGUACUCUGGUUUUUAUUUGCAUAUCAUACAACACACACGUCACCAAAUAAUUUCUUUCCAAUAAAAAAAUAUUUUCAAUAAAAAAGGAGAAAAGAGGGUCAGAGCUUUCUAAUGUGUGUCCAUGUUUACAGUUCACAUGAGUGCUUAUUCAGUAUGUGAAUUAUGUGGAUUGUGGUGACAGACACACACAGAGAAUCAUGGCCUGACCCUGCAGUCCUCCUCAGGUAUACAAAGCUUUAAAGCCUCCUCCUUCACUGACUAGGUUUUCCACCUUACACUUCUGGUUCAGUCUCAGGUUACUGUGCAUUCAAACGCUUUACAACUGCCACCGUGGAGUAGGCACGUUGUUUUGCUAGCAUGACAAAAAGAGAGGGUC